GUUUGUUCAGUGGCAGCAUAUUCUUCCGUCGGAGACGCGUUUAUCUUGUUUUCCUCACCUCUUUCCGCUGCCACUCGUGACUUCUCGUGUCUGAUACUUUAUCGAACAUCUCCACUCCUUGUUCUUUGGAUAUCGAGACAUCUCUCGUAACCUAACGAAUUCGAUUACUCAUCUUCAUGGAGGCCGUUCUCGACUUCUCAAAGGAAACAGAUGUGGCGCUUUUGGAUGAAGUCGCCAACGCGCUCUAUUUCCGUGUUGGAGACGAGCAAAAAAGGGCCCAACAGAUAAUGACACAAUUUCAGGAGCACCCUGACGCGUGGCAACGUGUUCCGGAGAUCAUCGAGCGAACCCAAGUUCCACAGAACAAAUACUUGGGACUCAGUAUCUUGGACAAACUUGUUCAAACACGAUGGAAAGCCGUUCCGGAGGACCAGCGGCAAGGUAUCAGGAACUUCGUCGUAACCACCACUUUAAGCGUAGCGGCAGACGAAGAGAGCAUGCGGCGGCAGAAGGUCUAUUUGGACAAGCUAAAUCUUUUGCUGGUUCAGAUCUUAAAGCAAGAGUGGCCCCAUAAUUGGCCAACUUUCAUCACGGAGAUUGUCGCGUCAUCGAAAACCUCGCUAUCUUUGUGUGAAAAUAACAUGGUUAUCUUGAGAUUGUUGUCCGAGGAGAUCUUCGACUUUUCAGCUGAAUCCAUGACACAAGAGAAAAUCAAGAAUCUGAAAAAUUCUCUAUGCGGAGAGUUCAGCGAUAUUUUCCAGUUGUGUCUGGAGGUCUUAGAGAAAGCGCAGAAACCCUCACUUAUUCGGAAGACACUGGAGACUCUCCUCCGCUUCCUUAACUGGAUUCCGCUGGGCUUUAUCUUUGAAACUUCCAUCAUUGAUCAAUUGCUUAACCGUUUCCUCGAACCCCCCGAGUUCCGUAACAUCACUCUCAAAUGUUUGUCUGAGAUAGCAGCUCUUACCGUUGGUCCUGAGUACGACCCCCAAUUCGUCAUCCUGUUUACCAUGGUCAUGACUGCUGUGAACAAAAUGAUUCCGCCGUCAACAGAUAUUGCCCGCGCCUAUGCUAGCUCUGGUGACCGCGAUCAAGAGCUUAUUCUCAAUCUGGCUCUCUUUUUGUCCAACUUCCUCGGGAAUCAUCUUCGAGCUAUCGAAAAUAGGGAACACAAUGAUGUCCUCCUCAACGCUCAUCUCUACAUGGUCAAGAUUUCCACAGUCGACGAGCGGGAAAUAUUUAAAAUCUGUUUGGAAUAUUGGUCCAAGCUCGUCUCGGAGCUUUACGAUGAGAUACAGAGUCUUCCCAUGGCUGAUAUCGUCAGUAUCCACUUGGGUGUAUCUACCGGUGUACCGAUGGGGGUGAACUUGAGGAAAAACAUCUAUGCUGAUGUUCUCUCGAACCUGCGACUGGUCAUGAUUGAGAAGAUGGUCAGACCAGAAGAGGUCUUGAUCGUGGAAAAUGACGAAGGUGAAAUUGUUCGCGAAUUCCUGAAGGAGGUGGAUACCAUUGUGUUGUACAAGCAAAUGCGACUGGUGUUGGUAUUGUUGACGCACUUGGACGUUGUGGACACCGAAAAUAUCCUUCUGGAUAAGCUUGCAAAACAGGUGGAUGGGUCCGAAUGGUCAUGGAACAAUAUCAACACCUUAUGCUGGGCCAUUGGUUCAAUAGCCGGCGCCAUGAAUGAGGACACGGAGAAACGAUUUCUUGUCACUGUGAUUAAAGAUCUUCUAGGGCUCACCGAAAUGAAAAAAGGGAAGGACAACAAGGCUGUUGUCGCAUCCAACAUCAUGUACAUUGUCGGCCAGUAUCCACGAUUCUUGAAAGCCCAUUGGAAGUUCCUUAAAACAGUGGUCAACAAAUUAUUCGAGUUCAUGCACGAAACACAUGAAGGUGUCCAGGACAUGGCAUGUGAUACGUUCAUCAAGAUAGCGCAGAAGUGUCGUCGGCACUUUGUCAUGCAGCAGGCUGGCGAAGUCGAGCCUUUUAUAGACGAGCUUCUAAGGAAUCUGCAUAGAACCACUGUCGACUUGUCACCAGCACAGGCAAGCUUUGCAUUUGUUCACACCUUCUACGAAGCCGUGGGUUAUAUGAUCUCUGCACAGCCGAACAAGCCUGUUCAGGAUAAAUUAGUCGCCAAACUCAUGGAGAUGCCUAAUAAUGCCUGGGAUUCUUUAAUGGCGCAAGCUGCCAGCGGAGGGGUAGAAGUACUCAGUAACACGGAGAAUCUAAAGAUUCUCUCGAAUGUGUUGAAGACCAACGUAUCCGCCGCAAAGAGUGUCGGCCAAUUCUUCACACCUCAAUUAGGACGGAUAUAUAUGGACAUGCUGGGCUUGUACAGAGCCGUUAGCUCCAUCAUUAGUGAGACUGUUGCAACACAAGGGCUUGUUGCUACCAAGACCCCAAAGGUCCGUUCGCUAAGGACCAUUAAAAAGGAGGUUUUGAAACUUGUGGAUGUGUAUGUCAGCAACACUGAAGACCUCGAGUCCGCAAACACAAACCUAAUGCCAGCCUUGUUCGAGGCCAUUCUGGACGAUUACAACCGGAAUGUUGCCCCAGCUCGUGACGCAGAGGUGCUUAAUGUCAUGAUUACGAUUGUCUCGAAAUUAGAAAGCCUCCUUACCCCCCAAAUACCAGCCAUCCUUGACGCCGUAUUCCAAAGUACCUUAUCCAUGAUUAGUGAAGAUUUCUCUGAGUACCCUGAGCACCGACUGGCGUUCUUCAAAUUGCUCCGGGCUAUCAACCUGAAAUGUUUCCCCGCCCUCCUGACGUUACCGCCGGCAGAGUUUAAGCUUAUUAUGGAUAGUGCUGUGUGGGCCAUUAAACACACGAUGCGUGAUAUUUCGGAGAUUGGUCUUGGACUCGCGAACGAGAUAAUAGACAACUUCGCAGUUAGCGAACCGAAUAUUUCGAACGCAUUCUUCCAGCAGUAUUUCCUGAGCUUGCUUCAAGAUAUCUUCUUCGUCCUCACCGACACUGACCACAAGAGCGGUUUCAAACAGCAAAGUAUCGUUCUUGCGCGGAUGUUCCAAUUAGUAAUGACCGGCCAACUCAAUGCCCCCCUGUUUGAUCCUGCAACUGUCGGGAAUUCAUCAAUGACCAAUCAGGAGUUCUUGAAAAUGUACACCGCCAACCUUUUGAAGACGGCCUUCCCACACCUUGCAAAGCUGUCACCUGGAUCCUCAUCACCCCAAAGCGCUCAAGUGCAAGCAUGUGUGUUACAAAUGGCCGAAUUCCACGGCGACCCCAACAAGUUCAAGUUAGCACUACGAGAUUUCUUGGUGCAAUUGAAGGAAUUCUCGGGAGAUAAUGCAGAUCUUUUCAUUGACGAAAAGGAGGCUGAAGCAAAACUCAAAGCUGAGGCUGAGCUUCAAGCCGCAUCACGAAUCCCUGGCAUGCUUAAGCCUUCGCAGAUCCGGCCAGAAGACGAAGAUCUAUGA